AGAACUUUGAAGGAUCGACCAUUUAGAGGGUCCUCCUGUGCGCCCAUGUCUCAGGAGGACCAGACACAGCAGAUUUCGGUGAAGAAGACCUUCCUGACUUGGUCUGAGCCGGAGCCUUCGGUGGCCCCAAGAGCGUUCACCUACCCCGAUCGGGAGUUGGUGGAGGAGCUCAAGUGUGGCUCCAUGGCCCACCGGGUGUCCUUCUCCUCUGGGAGCAACUCCUCCCGCAGCUCCUGUUCGGAUGACGAGAUCUUCUCCACCUUUGCGGCUCGUGCCCAGCCGAUGAAGUCAGGAAGUGACACCUUGCAGCAAGGCUGCGCCAUUUCAGCCAGUGAUGGGACGAAUUCGUUCCAGGACAACAUCCCUCCGGUCUAUGUCAAAAAACACUUUCCUGAAUUUCGAGUCAGAGCAGCGAGAGCCAGCUUUGGCCGGAAGGUCAUUUACAUUUCCAGCGCCUCAAGUGACCCACCGAUUCAAGGAGUCCUCGGCGCCCAGACCGGCAUCUCGAGCGCGGUCGACCUGGAUUGAAGCCAGUGCUAGCACUCGGAGCCCAAUAGAUUCAGAUGAUGUUUCCAAUGAUAGUGGACACAUCACCUCCGGAGAUGCAGCCGAAUCGGCAGUCCACGAGGCGCCACGCACGCUGACGGGAGCGAGCGACCAAUCUCUGUACUAUCAUCCAGCGUUCCACAAGCACGCAAACAAUCAGGGACCGGCGGGGUCUGACAUGUGGCGUGCUGGUAGCCUGCCUUUCAAUGAUGUACCGCAGUCUUUGCGAGCUGGCCCAUGUGCAAGCCAUCCAACCUCCAUGGAGACACCCUUGAAUCAGGCUCCGAUGCUGAUGCAAGAGUCCAAUCGACAAUGCCAGUGUCCAGCUCACAUGCCGUUUAAUAAUGUUUGUGGCUAUGACGGGCAUUCAGGCACUCCUGGCAUGCUCCUGAAUCAAGCAGCUUUGCCACCGAUGCCCAUGCGCGGGAUAAACGAUCAAUGCCAGAGCGCGGCUAAUCUGCCUCUUGACAUUCUCGACCAUGCUUCUAUGCAGUGGUUCAAUGAGCGCCAAAGUGCCAGUCAGAUGCUCAACGCCUCGAGCGCGGGGUUGAUGUGGCCGUCCACUUUCUUGUCAGCGCACCUGAGACCACACCCCAAUAUGGUUGGUGGCCAAAUGGGCCAGCAUGGAGGCAAUCUUGGCAUGCCUUUGAAUCAAGCUGCUCAGCGUCACGAGCGGUUGAAACUCAUGUGCAAGUUACCAAGAGGAUCCAAACGGAUAAAACAAAACAUGAGUGCAAACAGUCCGUCAAGACCAGCUGCUGCCAGGGUUCAGGAAUUGCAAAUCAUAUAACAUGGGUUUGCCAUGCGUUGUUCCAUUGUUUGCGGCUUCCAUUGUUUGGGGGAUUCACUUCAUGAGUUCUGGAUGGAAGGCUCCGAUGCCGCGGUUCAAUGAGCGCCAAAGUGCCAGUCAGAUGCUCAACGUUGGUGGCCAAAUGGGCCAGCAUGGAGGCAAUCUUGGCAUGCCUUUGAAUCAGGCUGGGAUGCCGAUGCAAUGGUUCAAUGAACAAUGCCAGAGUGCCACUCAGACGUCGUUCGACAAUGUGAGUAGCACUGUUGGUGGCUAUAGCAGGCAUCCAGGUACUUUUGGCAUGCUGAAUCAAGCACAGAUGCUCAAGCAGGGGUUCAAUGACCAAUGUCAGAGAGCGGCCAACAUGCCCCUCGACCAUGUUGCGAUGUCGCAUCCAGGUGCAGGUGCUUCGGGGAUGUCACUGAAUCAAGUUCGUGAGCCAACGCCCAGCUCACCAACCGAGGACAAACCACUUGUGCAUUGGACUGUGCAUGGGAUGUCUCUGGAUGAGGUGAUGGCCUCAAUGGCGGAGGGGAAAAAGGACUAUGUCACACCAAAGAUUAUCAACAGCGAGCUCUCUGCAGGACGUACACCGGCGGAGAUCUUGGACAUUGUGACCAAGCACCAGGUGCAGAUGAAUGGGAUCAACUUGGCAACGGCUUUCCAUCGCCUUGCAAAGUGUCCAAGCCAUGAAGUGACGCAGGCACAGACCUUCCAUGAAAUGCUCUCGAUGGCGGAGUUGAAAGCGGUGCAACAGUUGGAGAUUGGGGGUGAAAUGCUCACUCCCAACUGCUGCACCAUCAUCGCGUGGUCUUGUGCCAUGCUGAAAGUCUUCAACAAGCAGCUCUUGUCCGCCUUGGUCAAAGUGGUGGCCCAGAGCCCAACGUCCUGCCAGCUUUAUGAGGUUACCAACAUGCUUUGGGCUUGCGGCCAAUUUCAGAAGGCGCAGAAGAACAAGUCGGCAGGCCCUGAAGUGCGGGCUUUAAUGCAUGCUUGCGUGCCCAUCCAUUUCGCCAGUUCAAGGCUUGAUCAGGCCAAGACCACGGUGCUCCUGUCGGCCUUUGUGUCGAUCAGUCUGCUGUUUCGAUCUACUGCCUGGCAAGAGCUUCUGGAGAGCAUCAACCAAAUUCUCGAGAGGAAAAGCCAUGAGCUCUCCGAGACGCAAGUGGCGGAGCUUGCACGGGCGAAGAAGCUGAACCGACGCCCCAACUGAGCGGCUUCGGCCCCGUGGCGCUUUUCGGAGAGUGGACGG